AUUGUAAAAGAAAAAAAUUAUUUAUAAAAAACAAGUCUCAGACACCCCUCCCUUUCCUUAACAUCCAACCACAUCAUCCACCAUUUUUUGCACCUCCAAGGGAAAUCUAUCUCUAGUUUCUUACACUAAACAAGGUUGUUUCUUUCUUCUUCUUCUUCUUCUUUUUUGUGGUCACAAGACAGUACAUUGUCGGCGUCAAAUGGGGUGUGCAGUGUCAAAGCAAGAAGAAGAAGACAAUGUGGUCUCGCUGUGUAGAGAAAGAAAAAGACUGCUUAAGUUCGCUGUAGAGAGAAGGUAUGCUUUUGCAGAUGCUCAAUGUAAAUAUAACCAGUCUCUUUAUGGAGUAGCAAUGGCUUUAAGGUUGUUUGUUGCAAGACAUUCAUCUCCAAAUUCUCCUUUCCUUAUUACCUUCCCUUCUACAUCUUCUACUAAUGACCCUAAAGAGACCCUUAUUUGCAAUUCCAACUUUCAUCAACAAAGACCAACUGAAGCCACGCAUGCGACUAUUUCAUGUCAAGACUCGGUUUCUAAAGUGUCUUUAGUGUCUCCCAAGUUAGAGACUAAAAAACAAGAAGUUCAAGAAUGUAGUGAUAGUGAGGAUUUUGAAGAAGAAGGUGACAGUGAAGAUGGAGGAGGGGUUUGCUCACAUUUUUAUGGCAAUGAAGAUGGGGAAGCAGUUUGUGAUCAUUUUUAUGACGAGGCGAGUCCAUUAAUGCCAUCAUCAGAGAGGGGAUUUGGUUGGGAUUUUUUUAACCCUUUUGAUGAAGUGAGGACUGAAGUGGUAAAUGGAUUUCGUCAAAGCUCUGAUGAGGAUUUCAGGGCUGUGAGAGAGAAGGAGGGGAUUCCUGAGCUAGAAGAAGUAAAUGAGAGAGUACAGAGUGAGAAUGAACAAGUGGAUAUGAAAAUUGGUGAUGUGGGUUGCAAAGAGAGUGGGGUUAGUGAUGUGAAAAGUGGGGAUAGUGCUAAUGUUGAAUUAGGAGAGAGCAAGGGUUUAAGAGUGAUUGAUACACCAACAAAGGGGAGGGAAUUGCUGGAAGCAUUGAAGGAUAUUGAGGACCAUUUUAUUAAGGCUUAUGAUUCUGGUUUGGAAAUUUCAAGGAUGCUGGAAGCCAAUAGGGUUCAAUUUCUAUCUGGUUUGGAUGAAAUCAAAGAGAGCUCAAAUAAGCUUGCCCGAUCAAUUACCUGGAGCCGUUCCCUCUCAUCUCGGUCCUCUUCUUCUAAAAGUCUCCUUUCAUCUAGCUCUGUCAGUUCUUCCAUGUGGACAGAACUCAAGAGUGAUCUAUUUGAUGACUAUGGGAUGGAUGCAGGGAGCCACUCCUUGACCCUUGGACGAUUAUAUGCUUGGGAGAAGAAACUUUAUGAGGAAGUGAAGGCUGGAGAGCAGACCAGGAAACUCUAUGUACGAAAAUGCUCUCGUUUGAGAAAUCAGGAUACUUCUGAAGGGGGCCUCCACUUGAUAGAUAAAUCAUGUGCUGAAGCAAAUGACUUGCAUAGUCGAAUCUCAGUUGCGCUGCGAAGUGUGGAAUCAAUCUCUGACAGAAUCCAGAAAUUGAGAGAUGAAGAGUUGGAGCCGCAACUUGUAGAACUGCUACAUGGCCUAAUGAGGAACUGGAAGAUGAUGUUGGAAUCCCACGAAACCCAAAAUCGAGUAAUGCUUGAAGUGAAAUAUUUCAACUCUCCAGCAUAUGGGAAGUUCUCCAAUGACUCUCAUCGUCUCGCUACUCUUCAACUUGAGGCAGAACUUGACAAUUGGCAUUCCUCUUUCACUGCUUAUGUAUCUACACAGAAGGCAUACAUUGAAGCUCUUGGUGGUUGGCUAUCCCAGUUUGUUUCUCCAAAAGUUGAAUUCUGCUCCAGUGGCAACUCUUUAGCCCGUCCUUAUAGAAUAAAUUGGCCACCAUUGGUAGUAACCUGUCAUGAUUGGUUAGCAUGCCUAGAUAAGUUGCCACGUAAGACUGUUGCUUGUGCCAUGAAGAGCUUUGGAAAGGAUAUCCAUGCCCUAUGGAAUCAGCAAGGAGAAGAACAACAACAAAAGAGGAAAGUUGAUGGAUUGGCCAAAGAACUUGACAGGAGGACUCUGGCAUUCCAGAGAGCAGAGAGGAGGAUUCUUGAAUCCAAGAUUUCUGAGCAGGAAUCUAAAUUGACGGCGCGUAACUGCAUAGAAUACAUAGCUGAAAGGAAAAAUCAAUUGGAAAUGUUCAGGAAGAGGCUAGAUGAAGAGCAGGGAAAGCACCUUGCUAGCAUGCAAGAGACACAUGGGAUCACCAUAAAUGGAUUUCAGAGAGGAUUUUCUUCAGUUUUUGAGUCCUUGGCUGAGUUUUCGAAGGCAACGGUAAAGAUGUAUUCUGAUCUCGUUACGUACAUGAAAAAUGCAAAAACAGAAGAGAAUAAUGAUAGUAACAUAUCCUAUAUGGAAGAGAUGGGAUCCCAGGCUCCAAGUUGUAAGGCAUAAUAGGUGAAAAUAGAACUACUGUAGUGUUUUGAGAAUCUUGCAGGCUUUUCCAAUCCUUUGUUUCUCAAAAAGGGAAUUGCAUAGUGAGGUUCUUAAAUAGUUGUAUCAUAUUCUUGGAGACAGCUAGUUGUUUUAAUCCAUGUUUGAUGUCAUGGUUUAACCAUGCUUUUGA